CCCGCCCUCGUCACCGCUCGACUGCAGCAACCAAGACUUGCGCUCACGUAGUACUAACCUUUGCACAGUAUAUAACUGAUCCUUAGGCACCUACAGUGAAACUAUCGCAAACAUGGCACCACCUGGACCCCCACCGUAUACAAUAGACCAGAUCAAUGCAAUGAGCACGAAAGAAGAACGAUUACGAGCGCGCGCAGAACUGAACAGUAUGUGAAAGAGGAGGCUUACACGGGGAAAAUAUAUUGACGGCAUAAACCCAGGCUAUAUUGCGCGCAUGAAGAAAGAGCAGCAGGAUCGACUUGCCAGUUUCUCGAAUGGUUACACCGCCCACACAUCUCCUUACGAUGGCGGCGCAGCAACAGCGUACAACAACCCCGCAAACAGCUACGCCCCUCGGGGUCGCGGAGCGUACAACAGCUCAUAUAGAGGAGGACCACAGCGUGGGGGUUACGCUUAUGGAGGGCGGGGAGCUGCUUCCUACCAUCCGUAUCAGCGCCCACCGCCGCCACACGGCGCGACCAAAUUCAAGAACCGAACCGUCGUGUUCAACAAGCCAGAUGUGUCUGCUGAAGCUUCCGGUACCGAGAGCGCCUCGGCUCCCGGUUCAGCACGUUUGUCGAAUGCUCAUUCAAGACAGAACAGCCAACCACCUGCAGAACCGAAAUCCCUUUGCGCAACAUUCACAUCCACAGGUCUCUGUACCCGUCAUGGCUGUCCUCUUCUCCACGAUCCGAACAAGCAAGCGCUCUGCAAGCGCUGGCUCUUCAAGAACGAUUGCAACAGAGGCGACCACUGUUCUCUGUCCCACGACUCCACACCGCACAACGUCCCGACGUGUCUCCAUUUCCAGGAGGGACGAUGCACGAACGAGGACUGUCGCUUUGCGCACGUUCGCGUCAACCCAGCAGCUCAGAUUUGCGAUGCUUUUGGACGCUUAGGAUAUUGCGAGAAAGGUGCUGAAUGCGCUGACCUGCACGCAUACGAGUGCCCCGACUUUGCGAACAAAGGAGAGUGCAUCAGAGGCGACAAAUGCCAGCAUCGGCACGUACAUCGUGCAUCUCGAAUGCGAAAGCCAACCGGUCGCUCUUCACCAGAGGACCAAUCCCGGGCAACUUCUCCAGAGGCCGAAACUACCACUGCCGGGGUACAAAACUGGAGUUCGGAUCCGAACACAGACACUUCUCAUGCACCUCAUCUGUUCACAGAACAGGUCGACUACGUGCCUUUUGAUGUCGAGGAUUAGGUACCACGUUUCACGGCAUACUCGACUUUAAAAACCUGUAGGCCCCCUCUCCCGAGCAGCACUACACUUUUACCUAACCCUUUCCUCGCGUCAAAGUUUCUGCAGUUUCGAUUGCUUAACUUGGUAGGCUCUUUUGACUUGCUCAUUGGACCGUUUUGACGUUCGAAGUUUCGAUUCAGCGUUGCCACGACAUGGUGCGUAUUGCGAUGAUACCCCUCUAGCGCUUCACGACAGCGUGAGUUCCGUGAUUCUUGGUAGUUUCCUAGUCUCUUGGUGUCAGUAGAUAGCUGGGUCCGGGGUUGGACAUUCUCAUUCAUCCAGAAAGAAAAGAAAAAGCAUGUACAAACAGAACAAUGGAAAAGAACAUAUAUCUCA